UUGAUAUACACGCAGCAAAGUCGCGAAAGUUUCCUAGCUCUCUCCAAACCACUCCGUUAACGUUAGCGGAGCAAGUCAGGAUUUUAAGAAGACGCAGCCGUGCAAUUGACUAACUGUUGCAAUUGACCAGGAAAGUGUGAAGGCGAGCGCUGAUGCGCCUUUUCCAGUCUCGAUGAAACUCUAAGCGCUCCAGCGCUUCCUCCGGGUUUUGUACUUUCCGUCGUUUGCAUCUCAAAACUUUUGUUUUGCUCUCCUCUCCCCCGCAGUCCCACGCUUGUCACCGCUCUACCUGCCGCCUCUCCGAGCCGCGAAUCUGUCCCGUGAGUCUUUUUCUUCAAUGGGCGCCUUGGAUUCAAUCACCGGAGGACCUGCCAAUCCGACCGCCGCUGCCCUCACCAUGCUGAACGGGGCAGAAAGCCAAAACUUUGCCAAGGAGCCUCCGGACCUCCAGGGAACCACGACCAAAGACACGGGCGGUGGGGGCGACCUGAAACUGGGAGCCCCCCAGGACCGCUUCUACUACCCCGAUCCUCCCUUGCAGGAAGGCAGCUGCAACUUAGGGCUGACUUACGGAGGCCCCAUGGUGCAAAGCGCCUUUGCGGGGAGCGACCCGGCCUCUUCGGGCAGGUUUUUGGGGCCGGUAGCGAACAACUGCUCUUCCUACCGAGCUCAGCCUCCCCCGCCUAUCCCAGCGUCAACUGGACCCGCCGGGAAUCCUGGUUUCUCGGUCUCAGCUAGCGAGUUGUAUCCCACCGCUGGAGAUCUUUAUGCUGGCGCGCCCGCCGGAGAAGGCUGCUACCCGACAGCGGUCCAGCACGUGUUCUCGCGAGCUCCUCUCUAUCCCGUGCCGGGGUAUCAAGUCUCCGGAAAGACCCAGGUGGUCCUCAACAACUACCCGCUCUGGGCGAAGUUCCACAAGCAUCAGACGGAAAUGAUCAUUACCAAGCAGGGCAGGAGGAUGUUUCCAUUUCUGAGUUUCAACAUCUCCGGGCUGGAUCCUGUGGCUCAUUAUAGCAUCUAUGUGGAUGUUGUGUUAGUGGAUCAGCACCACUGGCGAUACCAAGGAGGGAAAUGGGUUCAGUGCGGCAAGGCCGAGGGAAAUAUGCCAGGGAAUCGGACAUACAUGCAUCCAGAUUCUCCCAACACUGGAACUCAUUGGAUGCGACAGGAAAUUUCUUUUGGAAAACUGAAGCUCACCAACAAUAAAGGAGCAUCAAACAAUAUCACCCAGAUGAUUGUACUGCAGUCCUUACACAAGUAUCAGCCUCGCCUGCAUGUUACUGAGGCCAAGCAGGGUGAAGUGGAUGAAGUGCACCCCUCAAUCUGCACUCAGACCUUUACUUUUUCAGAGACUCAGUUCAUCGCGGUUACUGCAUACCAAAAUGCUGAUAUUACUCAGCUGAAAAUAGAUCAUAAUCCUUUUGCUAAAGGCUUCCGCGACAAUUUUGAUACGAUGUAUACCACAACUGAGGGAGAACGCACAACCCCAUCUCCACCCAGUGUGGCCAGCUGCCAGCAGCUCCUGUCAGGCAGCCGGUUCCAGCCUUUCUUGCAUGACCAGUUUCCACUGCCCCAGAGCCGCUUCUUCAAUCGGGAAUGUGUCCCACUCCCUCUGCCACCCAAGGAUCCUUCCCACUGGUAUUUUGCUUCACAACAGCCUCCCCCUGCUCCCCUGGAAUAUGGUGCCUAUGAGGGAGACUUCCGAGGGAACAAAUUUAUGCCCUAUGGGGUAAAGCCAUUUGCUCUCCAGCCGGCCUCCCAUUCCUCCUUGCCCUACUAUCAGGACCACCCAUUUGGUCCGCCUCCUGCAUGGAGUUCACCAUCUCAGUACCACCAUCCCAAGCCCAAUCCAGGGCCCCUGAGCUGGUUCCGGCCCAUGCGGGAUUUGCAGGCCUUGCCUGCUGGAGAGGAGAAAGGGAAGGACAAUGAGGGCUGGGCUGAACCAGGCUCGGUGAAGUCUGCAGAUUCUUCAGACUCUGGCUUAUACGAAGCUGAGUGUAAGCGUCGCAGAGUGUCUCCAUAUGUCUCAAGUGCCGAAAGCUCCCCACCUCUCCGCAAUGGGGAGCUUUAUGACAAAGAAGGUGGUGGGGACAGUGGUUAUUAUGGGUUCUAUGGCAAUUAAGAGAAGUCAGAGAGGUGUAAUAGCAAAGGAUGGGGGGGGGGGGGUUUCCUGCAGAGGUAACUAUGUUAGAAAUUCCCUGUAAGAUGCAUCUCUUUGUGGGAAAUAGCCCACUCCUCCAUGGGCACUGCCAAAACUAUCGCUAAGUCAUAGAAUGAGGUUCUUUGUAAUCACACUUCUUUAUUCUACAGUUUCCAGGUGGUAGUCUUCUGGUGUUAAACAUGCAUUCAUUGCGACAUUUGUGGAUCUAAGUGAUGCAAGCUUUCAUGGUGAGCCCAGAUCUUGGCUCUUGGAUUCCCUUAUAUUCAUGUAUAAGAGCUUUUGCUUGUGUGUGGCAAAUGACAAGGACAGACAUACUCCAGUAGAAAUGCAUCAACGCAACACAUCUGCAGGUUCUCUUCACAUACUGUAGCUAUUUUCAAUUCUGCUUCCAAGCUCUGCCAUUCCUGCAUAUUGUUGAGCAAUGAGAAACGAUUUUAUCUUCUUAAAUGCAUUGAAAUGUUUAGCAAAUAUUAAUAUGUGAAAUUCAACAUGGAGAGAUCUGAUAAACUCACAAUGUGCACAAAUACUUCUUAAUUCUGAAGUGCAUGCCAUAAUGCUACAUAUCAGCUUGCUGAUUUGUUCUGAUCUACUAGAGAUUGGUGCAACAAAGUAGGUCUCGAUGUAAGUAUCACCUGCUGAAUUGGAAACCAUGAGUAUAACUCAGCUAUGCAUCUGUCUGAGGAUGCAAUCUCUCUGCAGCACUUUGCUUUAAAGGGGAUAUACAUUUUGUGCCUUUGAAUGAGUACAAAUAGACCUCUUCUGUUCUUGCACAGCUAGUAACAUAUCAAUGUUUUUAUCAUAACUAAAUUUAGGACAAUGUAAUUACUUUACAAUCCAGUCUCUACCUAUCUAUCCUUCUUAAAAUCCCAACAAUCCAUUAACAUAUCAUUGGGAUUAUGAUGGAUAGAAAAACUGAUUUAAAAUUAUGGCAAGCAAUUUGGAAAAAUGUUUUUGGUACAAAACAAAAAUGUGCUAUUCCUGCCUUUUAUUUCAAUUCUGCAUGCUUGCUUUCAAAAUCAAGGUUCUUUUGGUCCAACCCACCCAGAGAUUGGUAACCUCAAGUGUCUUUUUGACAGAGCUCAGCAUAUACAUCUGAUCACAUACAGAUGUGCUGUGUUCUCAUUGCUUUGCGUUCACUUGGAUGGGUGCUUGAAUUAAAGAAGUCAGCCACUUAUGCAGUAUAAGAAAAGAGGAAAUGUAUCCCCCCCACCCAAACAGAGGAUGGUAUAGAUACACAAACUCAUACAGACACAAAUUUGGCAACCGAUACAAAUAGAAUGCAAUAUAUCAUAAAAUAGUGGGAAAAGCUUCAACCAGUACAGCUGUGGGUCAAUCUGUUAUAUACAAAGACUUUGUUGUUGUUUGGCAAUUUUAAUGCUCUCGUUAUCCCUUUGACAAUUUUUUAAAAAAUAUUUUAACUAGAUUUUAGCUGUACUUCCUUUCAAACAGAAGAGGAUAAGAUUGCAGUUACAGCCUACAUAUGCAAAAACCAUAGGUUACAGUAAUAAUUUCCUCAUUGUUGUCAUAAAACACAAUCUCUCUAACUAUGAAUUAGAAAUAACAAAACUUGUUUUGUGGCAAAACCAACCAACCAACUUUGAAUCAAGAGUAGCUGAACCUGAGAGAUGGGUCACUGUACAUAAGCUUAUUCCACUUAAUAAUCCAGUGUAUUGACUCUUUAGUCAUGUAAAGAAAUUAGAAAUUUAGCCAGUUCUGGUUAUUCAUAACUCAGCUGUGGGACAAAACCUAUACAGGUAUGCAAAUACGUAUUUUCUGCUAUGCAUACUUGGGCAGUAUAGACAAUGCUGAAGUUCUUUGGGACUCUGGGAUUGUUUAAAACAUAAAGACAAAGAUUCUGUAUUAUGACUCCAUUCUAAAUGUCCUAGCAGAAGGUCCCCAAUGCCAGGACCACAGCCUAUUCAGAACUAAGCUGCUGAAGAGGCAGGCAAACAUGCAUGCAUGCAGCUCCACUCACACAAGCAGCAGGUGCUUGUACUUGUGUGCGAAGCUCCAUUUGUGUGACCAGCAGGGGCAUGCACUCCCCUCUUCCAUCUGCACCGGGCCACCAAGCCAGAAAGUUAGGGAACCACUGUCCUAGGAAGUAAAGGAUUACUGGUAAAAAGUCAUGCACCAUGAUUUCCUUUCUAAUAGCCAGAUGUGACACACCUGAAUUGUAAAGGUUGUCGUAGGUCUCCUACAUUGCAAAUCUUUGCUGCCAUUUUUGCUUGCUAUCUUAUGUCCAAGUCCACAGAUUUUAACUACAGAGAAGAGCAAAGGCCAGAUGUAAUCAGCAUUCAGGAAUAGGCUUCCCAAGGAGCCUCCCUACUCCUCUCCUCUGAAAAUUAGUGGUGCAGGCAAAGGGAGGAAAAAAUUACCUCUUGUUGUAUGCAAAAUCAGGAUUAACCUAUCAAUUUUUUUAUGGAUUCUGUAGCAUUUGCCAUAAUUUUCAGGCAUGUGCAGCACACAUAUCCUCCAAUUUAGAAUAUUUUCCAAAGCCAAAGGCAAAAAAUGUUGUCAACAACACUCAGGCCAUUGUCCUAUGCAUGGUAUCCCUGAAUCCUUUUAAAUAUAGAAAAAUAUCCCAGUGGGUUGCCCCACAUAAAAUAAUUAGCUUUAUGGACAAUGGGCAGAGGCAGAGAGAGGUUGUAUUUUUAUAUUUCAACCUGUUCCUUUAGAAAGAUUUCCCCUCCCCUAACAAAUCUUGUUAGUAAUUUAUAAGCCCUGAUCCUGGAAACACUUGAUGGUCAUUUGGUAAUUUAAUUAUGCUAGAUAAUCAAAAGUGACACUCCCCUUUUAAAGUCUCUUGUUGGCCCACUAACUUCUACUGAAUCUCUUUGGAAUGGUGAUGAUGGUCAGAUUCAGCUGUUUACACUCUUAAAGAUAACAAAAAAGAUGUAGGUGUAAAAGAGAAAAUGAUCUUUGUGGUGUUUUGAAGUUCUCUUUUCUAAUUUUAUUUUUCAGGACAACAAAAAUCUUUAUGGUAGCAAAUAUUUAUUGAAAGUAGUGUACAGGCUCUGUGAGAUUUGUUUUUGGGCUUAAGAAUUUCUUUAAAUAAACUGUCGCACAUUGGAGUGUGUACCAUGUGAAUAUGUAUGUACGUUUUUUAUUUCUUGGGAACGCCAUCAUGAUAGUAAUUCUAUAUGUAUUCGGUUUGGCCAUAUCCUCACUGAGACAGAAAUGAUCACAACAACCCACCUUGCAGGGAGGUUGGGAUCAGCAAUUAUUAAAUGGAAGAGGUUGAACCACAUUUACACAAUGAAUGUUGCUCCUCUGAGUUGUCUUGGACCACUAUUGGGAGGAAAAUUCACCGACCUACCUGAUCUGCUUCUGAACAAGUGCUCAUGUGUCUGCAUAUACAUGGACUAUGUUGUCCUCAGGCAGCAAAAUAUCUGAAAGCAGUUGUACUUCAGAGGUGGCAUUCAAAUCACCACAUACAUGGUCUUCUACUGGGAUGGUAUGGGCAUUUUUCAGAGACAUGAUUUAAAAAAUGAGCCUGUUGGUCUUUCAGAGGCUAUAAGGAGCUUUUAAGAGCUAAAACAUCCUUCAAGCUGAAUUCAGUUCUUGGUGACCCCACAGAUUCAGCCCAAUUCUUUGCAACAGAACUGAAGUGACUUAUGAUCUCACAUUUCUUCUAUUUGGAUCAGGAAAUAAUUGUUGUACCAAGAGGCACCACGAAUCCCUUUAUACUAUGUGUACUCUUUCUCAGCAGUCUAGGAAAGGAGGGAAGAUAAAAUAUUUAGCCUGAACAUGUGAGACUAUAAAUAUGGCUUACAUGACCAUGAUUUCACCUCCAGCUGAUUUUUAUUCAUACUUUAUACAACAUACUUGUUUACAGUAAAUGGGGGAGAGUUCAUACAGCAUAAUGAAUCC